AGACAUGAUGACCUCAAGGAAAUGCUUGAUAGCAACAAGGAUUCGCUCAAGCUGGAGGCCAUGAAGAGGAUCGUAGCGAUGAUAGCCCGAGGUAAAAACGCCUCUGACCUCUUCCCAGCUGUGGUAAAAAAUGUCGCCUGCAAGAACAUUGAGGUGAAGAAGCUGGUGUACGUCUACCUGGUGCGAUACGCAGAGGAGCAGCAGGAUCUGGCCCUGCUCUCCAUCUCCACCUUCCAGCGAGGACUCAAGGACCCUAAUCAGCUGAUCCGCGCCAGUGCCCUGCGGGUCCUCUCCAGCAUCCGUGUGCCCAUCAUCGUGCCCAUCAUGAUGUUGGCCAUCAAGGAGGCCGCCUCGGAUAUGUCCCCAUACGUGCGCAAGACGGCCGCCCAUGCCAUCCCCAAGCUCUACAGCCUCGACUCGGAUCAAAAGGACCAGCUCAUCGAAGUGAUCGAGAAACUGCUGGCAGACAAGACCACACUGGUGGCCGGCAGCGUGGUGAUGGCAUUCGAGGAGGUCUGCCCAGAGCGCAUUGACCUCAUCCACAAGAAUUACCGCAAGCUCUGCAACCUGCUCAUUGAUGUGGAGGAGUGGGGGCAGGUGGUCAUCAUCAACAUGCUGACCCGCUACGCACGCACCCAGUUCCUCAGCCCCAACCAGAACGAGUCCUUGCUGGAGGAGAGCACUGAGAAAGCUUUCUAUGGCUCUGAGGAGGAGGACACCAAGGACGCCAAGGUGGAGGCAGCCUCGUUGGCCAAGCGCAAGCCCUACGUCAUGGACCCCGACCACCGCCUUCUCCUGCGCAACACCAAGCCCCUGCUGCAGAGCCGCAAUGCUGCAGUGGUGAUGGCUGUGGCACAGCUCUACUUCCACCUGGCACCCAAGGCAGAGGUUGGUGUCAUCGCCAAGGCGCUGGUGCGGCUCCUGCGGAGUCACAGUGAGGUGCAGUAUGUUGUGCUGCAGAAUGUGGCCACCAUGUCCAUCAAACGGCGGGGGAUGUUUGAGCCCUACCUGAAGAGCUUCUACAUCCGCUCCACGGACCCCACGCAGAUCAAGAUCCUCAAGCUGGAAGUCCUCACCAACCUGGCCAAUGAAACCAACAUCUCCACCAUCCUGCGGGAGUUCCAGACCUACAUCCGCAGCAUGGACAAAGACUUUGUGGCAGCCACCAUCCAAGCCAUAGGGCGCUGCGCCACCAACAUUGGGAAGGUGCGGGAUACCUGCCUCAACGGCCUGGUCCAGCUCCUCUCCAAUCGGGAUGAGCUGGUGGUGGCUGAAUCCGUGGUGGUCAUCAAAAAGCUGCUGCAGAUGCAGCCGGCCCAGCACAGUGAGAUCAUCAAGCACAUGGCCAAGCUCACCGACAACAUCCAGGUGCCAAUGGCGCGGGCCAGCAUCUUGUGGCUCAUCGGCGAGUACUGUGAGCACGUGCCCAAGAUUGCACCCGAUGUGCUGCGCAAGAUGGCCAAGUCCUUCACCAAUGAGGAGGACAUCGUCAAGCUGCAGGUCAUCAACCUGGCAGCCAAGCUCUACCUGACUAACUCCAAGCAGAGCAAGCUGCUGACCCAGUACGUCCUCAACUUGGCCAAGUAUGACCAGAACUAUGACAUUCGUGACCGGGCUCGCUUUAUCCGCCAACUCAUUGUGCCCACCGAGAAGAGUGGAGCCCUCAACAAGUACGCCAAGAAGCUCUUCCUGGCCCAAAAACCUGCUCCCAUCUUGGAGUCCUCUUUCAAAGAUCGGGACCAUUUCCAGCUGGGCUCCUUGUCCCACCUCCUCAAUGCCAAGGCUGUGGGCUACCAGGAGCUGCCUGACUGGCCAGACGAGGCCCCCGACCCCUCCGUGAGGAACGUGGAGGUUCCUGAGUGGACCAAGUGCACCAGCCGGGAGAAGAGGAAGGAGAAGGUGGAGAAACCUUUCUACUCUGACUCAGAGGGCGAAUCAGGGCCCACAGAGUCCGCGGACAGUGAGCCUGAGUCUGUCAGCGAGAGCAGCAGCAGCAGCAGCUCCAGCAGCUCCAGCUCUGGCAGUGAGGAGGAAGAGGAGGAAGGCAGCGGGGAGCAGUCAGAGGACAAGGAGGAGGAAGAGGAGAAGACGAAGAAGAGGAAGGAGAAGGAAGGCUCCCGAAAGGCAGCCCCAGGGAUCGUGGGCAGCCCCAGUGAGGAAGAGGAGGAGGAGGAGGAGGCAAAGAAGGCCAAGAAGAAGGCAGCACCGCAGGGGAGGAAGGGCCAUGCUGAGAUCUCAUCAGAGGAGGCCAGCGCCUCCGAGAGCAGCUCCUCAGGCUCCGACUCAGGCUCCGAGGUGGAGGCCAAGCGGAGGAAGCCCCCCAGCAGCAGGGCCCACCCCAAGGAGAUCUCCCUGCUCGACCUGGAUGACUUCACCCCCCCUCCUCCCCAGUCCGUCCCCUCCAGCAGCAUCGUCUCCACCAGCCUGGUGACCGACCUGGAGGGCCUCAUGCUCACCGACACCUCCCUGGCACCCGCUCUGCUGAGCCCAGCAUUCGGCACGGUGAGGACCUAUGAGCUGCUGCACCGCAUGGCGGGCGAAGGGCUCUCAGUCGAGUACUGCUUCAGCCGUCGGCCCUUCCCUGGGGACCCCCACAUGGUGGCUGUCCAGAUCCAGAUCUCCAACAACACCGACGCCGAGGUGAAGAGCCUGCGGGUCAGUGAGCCCAAGCUGCUCGCCGGCAUGCGGAUCCAGGAGUUCCCCGAGAUCGAGUGCCUGGCACCUGGGGACACAGCCAACGUGGUGAUGGGCAUCGACUUCUGUGACUCCACCCAGGCGGCCAACUUCCAGCUGUGCACCCACACGCGCCACUUCUACGUCUCCAUCCAGCCGCCUGUGGGGGAGCUCAUGGCCCCCAUCUUCAUGAGUGAGAACGAGUUCAAGAAGGAGCAGGGGAAGCUGACAGGCAUGAGCGAGAUCACGGAGAAGCUGACGCUGCCUGAGAAAUGCCAGAGUGACCACGCCAUCGUCCAGCAAGUGACCUCAACUGCCAACGUGGGCCGCGUGCCCUGCGGUGCCGACAAUGAGUACAGGUUUGCAGCCAAGACAGUGACCAGUGGGAGCCUGGUGCUCAUCACCUUGGAGCAACGGGAGAGCAGCAUGGCCCAGCUGACGGUCAACAGUGAGAAGAUGGUUAUCGGCACCAUGCUGGUGAAGGACAUCGUCCAAGCCCUGGCACAGUGA